GUUUCGGAGAGCCAAUCAGCGCGGGCCACGGUAAGCUAUCGCUUGUGCUUUAUGUUCGUGUGCGCGGCGGUUCUGUAGCUUUUAGUGGAGCGGCUUUAAAUGUGUCAGUGCUGAGAACUGCGGUGUGAAAGUAACCAUGCGAGCUUUCUUAGGUGUGCUAGCGUGCUCCUUGACCGUCCUCUCUGUCCAUGGAUUCUACUCUGCCAGUGAUGAUGUGAUUGAACUCAAUCCUUCAAACUUCAACAGGGAAGUUCUGCAGAGUGAUGGUGUGUGGAUUGUGGAGUUUUACGCCCCCUGGUGUGGACACUGUCAGAGCUUAGUUCCAGAAUGGAAGAAAGCAGCCACAGCUUUGAAGGGUGUUGUUAAAGUGGGUGCUGUUGAUGCAGACCAACAUAAGUCACUGGGAGGCCAAUAUGGAGUUCGUGGUUUCCCCACCAUCAAGAUCUUUGGUGCUAACAAACAUAAGCCUGAGGAUUACCAAGGUGGACGCAGCAGUCAGGCGAUUGUUGAGGCCGCUCUGAACGCAGCACGAUCUCUAGUGAAAGACAGAUUGAGUGGAAAGUCUGGAGGUUCUGACUACAGCAGACAGAGUUCUGGUGGUAGCAGUGGUGGCAAUAAGAAAGAUGUGGUAGAGCUGACUGAUGAUAACUUUGACCGCAUGGUUUUGGAGAGCGGUGAUGUGUGGAUGGUGGAAUUCUUUGCACCAUGGUGUGGACACUGUAAAAAUCUUGAGCCUGAGUGGACGGCUGCAGCUACGCAGGUCAAAGAGCAGACCAAUGGUAGAGUGAAGCUGGGUGCUGUAGACGCUACUGUUCAUCAGGGUCUGGCAAGCCGCUACGGAAUCAGAGGAUUCCCUACCAUUAAGAUCUUUAAAAAAGGAGAGGAGCCAGAGGACUAUCAGGGUGGACGCACACGCUCAGACAUCAUUGCCCAUGCCCUGGACCUUUUCUCAGACAAUGCCCCUCCACCAGAACUACUAGAGAUUCUGAAUGAAGAUGUUUUGAAGAAGACUUGUGAGGACCAUCAGCUUUGUCUUAUUGGUGUUUUGCCUCAUAUUUUGGAUACAGGUGCAGCAGGCAGAAAUGCUUAUCUGGAAGUCAUGAUAAAGAUGGCUGAGAAAUACAAGAAGAAGAUGUGGGGCUGGCUGUGGGCUGAAUCUGGAGCUCAGAUGGAACUUGAGGCCUCUUUGGGGAUUGGUGGUUUCGGUUACCCAGCCCUGGCAGCUAUUAACGCACGUAAGAUGAAGUUUGCUCUUCUUAAAGGCUCAUUCAGUGAGACUGGAAUCCAUGAGUUCUUAAGGGAUCUCUCUGUUGGUCGUGGCUCCACAGCCACAAUAACAGGUGGGGCUUUACCCAAGAUCCACACUGUAGAAGCCUGGGAUGGAAAGGAUGGAGUCCUUCCUGUGGAGGAUGACAUUGACUUGAGUGAUGUGGAUCUGGAUGACCUGGAGAAGGACGAAUUAUGAGUUCAUAGGCUGUGCAAGGCUUAUCCAGUUUGAGCCUGUCUAUGAGCUGCCUCUCCUCUCCCAUGGAUGAGGGGAAAACUGGGACAUUAAGUUACUGAACACUCUUGAAACAGAAAUGUCUCACUUUUAACUUCUCUCCAAUUGUUUUGAAAUGAGGUAGAAUCAGGAUUUAAAAUAAUGGUUGCUUUAGCUUUGCCUGACAGGCCCUCCAACUGUUUGAUUGGUUAAGUGUUUUAUGUGCCGAUAACAAUGUUCGUCACUUCACCUUUCCCUGUCCAGUUGUACCUGCCGUACAUAUGUUCAAAUUAAGGUUUGUUCGCACUGUCCUCUCCCCAACCAAUUCCUCUCCCGUCCUGUGGUUUUCCAGUGACGUCCAUUCCUCAGUGAACAAUGACUAAAAACAGGACAGUCUUAGUAAUUAAUGGGGCAAGUAGCUGACAGGACAUUCACUGAGGACAUGAAACUACUCUGGGCUACCGGAUACAGUCAUGAGUGCUUUAUAUACUUUGUGCUGAUUUUAACCUGCUGUUUUCCCCUGUAGAAAGUUCUAUUCAUUUUCCCCUUUAAUGUGAUUCCUUUUUUUUUUUUUUUUUUUUUUUUUAGAAAGGGGAGAAGGAAGUGAGUCAGUACACAUCUGCUUUCCACUGUAAUUGUUCUAGGCAGGGAGUAAAGUUGGAACUGUGUAGAUUUUUCUUACACAAGUGUGUUUAAUGUUUUUGUUAUGAAAAAAAUAAAAAAGAACACAGUUAAAAUGA